AAUGCUAGAUAUACCAUGAUGUUCAAGAGAGCCACGUCAAGCCUAGAAUACCAGCUGGCAGGCUUGGUAGACGAAGAGACGCGAGAGUUUCACUUGAAAGAUCUGGAAUCUGCGACCGAGUACAAGAUACGCGUAGCUGCACAGAACUCACACGGGGAGAAGAUGAGCAAAACAAUCACAGCCACGACUGAAGCAAAGCCCAACAUAGCCCUUAUCCUGGGCAUCGGGAUCCCUGUGGUUAUCCUCAUUUCCAUUGCCGUCUCGUUUUCCGUUUUGCUAUGGCGAUGGCGUGAGAAGAAAAGGAGACUAGAAGAUGCCUUUGCACUUGAAAAGGCAAACCGUGAAGCCAUCGAGGACCACUAUCAUAGCACGAAUGACGUGUUCGCCUUACUUGGACUGGAGGGAGUCGUGAAGGAAUGGUGCGAGAUACCACGUGACGAUCUCACAAUCGAGAGGCAGCUGGGCUCGGGUGCGUUUGGAGUCGUUAAGAAAGCGUCUCUGAAGAUCAGGGCAAAAGCAACAGAUAAUGAUGAGAAAGACGAAAGGAUAGGGGAAGGAAGAAAAACCGAGGAACCGGAGGAAGAGAAAGGGAAAGUGCUUGAGAUCGUGCCGUGCGCUGUGAAGAUGCUGAAAGAAAACCCCACAGAGAGCGAGUUGCGUGACUUGUGUAACGAGAUCGCCAUCAUGGCGUUAGUAGGGGACCACCCGAACAUCGUCAGUCUGCUUGGAGCAUGUACUGUCAAUGGUCCAUUGUGGCUUGUUGUCAAACUUGCUGAAAACGGCUGCUUCCUCGACUACAUUAAAGAACAUCGCUCAGUCGUUGAAUACGAGAAUACAGAGAACAAGAUCCAUUCCUACGAAAACGUCACCGAGAAAACACAAGGGGCCCCCAUGACAGAGAAGGAGAAGUUCAAAUUCGCGUACGAGAUCGCUAAAGGAAUGAGACAUUUGGAGAAAAAGAAGUGUGUUCAUCGCGACUUGGCAGCUCGGAACAUUCUUUUGAAUGUUGAUAACGUUGCUAUGGUAUCGGACUUUGGACUGUCACGUGAUGUGUACGAAAGCGGAGCGUACGAUAACACAACAGGGGGCGUUCUUCCUGUUCGCUGGAUGGCUAUCGAGUCACUGGAAGAUUAUACCUACACCACGAAAUCAGACGUGUGGUCUUACGGUGUGUUGCUAUGGGAGAUGGAGAGCGGGGGACUAAUGCCUUAUGCGGGGAUGUCGGGCGUCGAGAUCUUGGAGAGGCUAAAGCAAGGAUACAGAUUGGAGAAACCGUCAUGUUGCUCACAGGAACUGUACGCCCUCAUGUACGAGUGUUGGAAUCCAGAACCCAAAAACAGACCCGCCUUCUCAAUCAUCGUAAGUCGGCUGGAGGAGACCCUGCGAGCGAAAGCGGGAUGCGAAGAUAUUCUCCCAGAAGACGACAAGGCGGAGACAUCGUACGAUGAAGUCCAUAUCGACGAUCGUUUCCUCACAGAACCAGAGACGGGAAAUACCACCAUGCUGUAGUGCCAUCAUGGGAACCAGUAAUCACAGAACAAGACGCAUUAUGUAUGGAAGCUAGGAUGUCAUAUCUCUUUAUUUAUUUUUUUGGCCGAGUAGUCAUUUGAAGUGGUUGUCAUAUCUCUUUAUAUUUUUUUGACCGAGUAGUCAUUUGAAGUGGUUUCAUAUCUCUUUAUAUUUCGUUGGCCGAGUAGUCAUUUGAAGUGGUUGUCAUAUCCCUUUAUAUUUCUUUGGCCGAGUAGUCAUUUGAAGUGGUUGUCAUAUCUCUUUAUAUUUCGUUGGCCGAGUAGUCAUUUGAAGUGGUUGUCAUAUCUCUUUAUAUUUCGUUGGCCGAGUAGUCAUUUGAAGUGGUUGUCAUAUCUCUUCAUAUUUCUUUGGCCGAGUAGUCAUUUGAAGUGGUUGUCAUAUCCCUUUAUAUUUCUUUGGCCGAGUAGUCAUUUGAAGUGGAUGUCAUAUCUCUUUAUUUUUUUUUGGCCGAGUAGUCAUUUGAAGUGGUUGUCAUAUCUCUUUAUAUUUUUUUGACCGAGUAGUCAUUUGAAGUGGUUGUCAUAUCUCUUUUUAUUUCGUUGGCCGAGUAGUCAUUUGAAGUGGUUGUCAUAUCCCUUUAUAUUUCUUUGGCCGAGUAGUCAUUUGAAGUGGUUGUCAUAUCUCUUUAUAUUUCGUUGGCCGAGUAGUCAUUUGAAGUGGUUGUCAUAUCUCUUUAUAUUUCGUUGGCCGAGUAGUCAUUUGAAGUGGUUGUCAUA